UCAGCCAGGAGGGGCCUGGAACUUCCUGCCCGAGCCCCACCCCGGCAAGGUCAUCCCAGGCCGGAGACCCUCCUGGGGGCUGCGCCGAAGGCCUCUGGGAGCCUCAGCCUACAGAGCCGCCACGCGGAGCCGUCUUUGUCUGCGAAGUCCCCUCCUCAGUCCCCUUCUCAGUGCCCAGUCGCAUUCCUGGCCCAGGACGGGGACAGGAAGAAGCUCCCGCAGCCCCGGCGCCCCAUCUUGGAGCCAGGACACCACGUCGGCACCUUCGGGUGGGUUUGGAGCCUCGGCCCCGACCUCACCCCGGCUAACGUAAGCACGGUGGGCAGUGAGGGCCCAGAUCCUUGCGGGGAGCACGACCCGACCGGGACUGGGCCUCCCGUAGGCUGCUGGCAGGCGAGGCGGACCCCUCAUCUUGGCAGGCAGGUCGGCUCUCCCAGCAGCUUUGCUGGGACCUCCCUUCUUUCUCAGGACCACGGUCCCCCACCUCAGAUUUCACCCUGGAGAUCUUAAAGACUCUGGAGAAAAGCCACGUAGGGGGCUGGUUCCCCUGGGGCUUCCUCCCAUCCCCCGACUGCCUGAUCCUCUGGAGCAUCCCUGAUGUCUGCAAAGAUGUGGAUCUGGACGUCCUCGUGGAGGCCUUGAAGCCCGUCGGAACCUUUAAGAAGAUCGGCAAGGUGUUCCGAAAGGAGGAGGACUCCACAGUGGGGAUGGUGGGGAUGCUGCAGAUCGGGGAAGACGUUGACUACCUGCUCAUCCCCCGGGAGGUCCGGCUGGCUGGGGGCGUGUGGAGGGUUCUCUCCAAACCUGCCACCAAGGAAGCAGAAUUUCGGGAGCGGCUGAUUCAGUUUCUGGAGGAAGAGGGCCGAACCCUGGAGGACGUGGCGCGCAUCAUCGAGAGGAGCACCCCGCACGCACCUCAUCCCCGCAAAAAGCCCAAGGAGCCUCGAACCAGGAGGCGAGUCCAGCAGGUGGUCAUCCCUCUGCCUCACCUGGUCGUCGGCACCUACGACAGCAGCAAUGCUAGUGACAGCGACUUCAGUGAUUUCGAGACUUGCAGAGACCAAGGCGCUGGCCAAGCCCAGAAGGUGCGCAGAAUGCCAGUUAGUUACUUGGGCAGCAAAUUCUUGGGAGGCAGCGACCUGGAGAAGGAAGAGGAUGAGGAGGUGGUCCAGGCCUUUCUCCAGCCUGGGGAGGAGCAGUGUGGCCUGCAUUCUGCCAGCCAUAGCGCCCAUCCACCCGUGCCUGUGUUUGAGGACAAACUGGGGUCCCAGCUGUCCAAGGCAGACAGAUGGCCAGAGUAUGCCAGCCCGGUGUCCUGGGGGAAGCUGAAGCAGAGGGUGAAGGGCUGGGCACUGAGAUCUGGCCCUGAGGAGGAGGAGGCAGCAGAGCGAGAUAGGGUUUCCACCAGCGGAGGGGCUCACCAGGCCAGUGCAGGAGAUGAGGGUGUGCCUGAGUGCUCCCCCAGGCAAUGGAGGCCAAAGAUCAACUGGGCCUCUUUCAGGCGAGGCAGGAAGGGGGAGGUAGCAUCCUCGGCUCAGGGGCCAGCUGUCCCGGUGGAGCAGGGCCCCGAGGCUGCAGAUGACCAGAGGGCAGAGGCUCAUGGGAGAGCAGAAGCCUGCAUUUCCCAGGGAGCAGGAGCUGUAGACAAUCUGAGGGCAAGGGCCAGAGCUGACCAGAGGGAAGGGGCUGGAGCCCAGGCCAUCCAGGAAGCAGGAUCUUCAGCAGCCCAAGGGGACUUGGGGACAGCUGCAGGAGCCAGGCGCCAGAAACAGGUCAAGACAGUGAGGUUCCAGACCCCUGGCCGCUUUUCAUGGUUUCAGAAGUGCCGGAGAGCUGUCUGGCACACCCCCCGGCUGUCAGCCCUGCCCAAGAGUGCUCCCAGGGCAGGAGAAGGCAGGAGCCUCAGGGUGCUGAGGGCUGAGGCUGGUGCAGAGGGGGGGCAGGGAGAGCAAGAAGACCAGCUGUAAGGGGGCCCCUGCUCAGGCCCCUGGGUGUCUGCCUCCCCCAGGCUGCACAAUGGAGGCAUGCAGCGGGGCAGGCGGCUCCUCCAGGUCCCCGCUCUCUGACUUACUUUAUCUCCUCUUCAUUGAUUGCUUUUUUCAAUACCGACUCCUUUAAGUGUCUUAAACAAUGUCAAGAAAGGAACUGAUGGUGGGGUUCAGUCGCCUGUGCUUUUAUCUUUGUCAGAUGCCAUGCUCUGUGUUCAGCUGGAAAGGGAGGUGGCGGGUGGGGAGGGGUGUUUCUCUUUCCACAUCCCUGUCUUGUACCUCACAUCCACUGCUUCCUUGAACUCAAGA